GUACAAAAGAACAGCACAAUACUGUACGCUUGGAGUGUGGAUUAAAGAAAGCCCAUACAUUGUUGCCCGUCCGACAUGUGAUAUUUAACAGUAGUGAGACGGUCAACAGAUAUCAAGGGAAGAUAACUGGAAACAUGUCCCAGAAGAACUGCACCACAGUCUUCUUCAAUGUAACCACCAAUUAUACUAAUAAAUACUUCUUCAGGAUUGAGAGUCAACCAUUCCGUGCAACAGACACUGGAAAGUCUGUUAAAAUAGUUGUCAGGGAUUUGCCUUCCAGUCCCAUCCUUACUGUCUCAGGUGAGGUGAAGGAAGGGACCCCUGUCAGUUUGAACUGCUCUGCUGUCGCUCCCUGUCCUGAACACCCCCCUGAGCUGACAUGGACUCUCCCAACACAGUUCACACCUUACAACCAACUGCAGGAGAAUCCAGACCAAACCAAAUCAGUUCUCUCCACGGUGACCUUCACUCCGUCAUACCUUCAUCAUGAGAAGAACAUCACUUGUACUGCAGUCUACCCAGUAGGGGCAAGCAACAAGACAGCUGAACAUAACAUGAUGCUUAACGUUUCAUUCUCUCCUAAGGACACCUCGGCCUCCAUCAGUCCAGCUGAUCCAGUAUUAGUGGGCAGCUGUGUUAAUCUAACCUGCAGCAGUACAGCCAACCCUCCUGUGACAAACUUCACCUGGUUCCAGAUCAGURAGGGUAAACCAGCACAGGUAGCAUCUGGACAGAGCUACUCCCUCAAUGUGACUGUUGGUGAUGGAGGACUGUACUACUGUGAAGCAAGAAAUAGUCACGGCUGUGGGAAGUCAAGGGAAGUGCAGCUGGCUGUUAAAGUGGAUCCAUGCACGAAGCUUCCAGUGAGAGAGUGCUGGCACGAAGCCGACGAGGGUCAGCAGGUCCGGGCUCAAGCGACGGUCCAGUCGGAGCUCCAGACGAUCUCCAUUCCGGGUAGUCCUCCAGCGUCUCGUCGAGCUCAGCGACGGUCUCGCCGUCGGGUCGGCGACGAGGGUCCCGCACCAGAGGUGCAAAGUGGGGUAUCACAGGAGAGAGCCAACGACCUGCAGGGCCUGAGCGGCAAGGUGGAAAUUGGCGCCCUCUUCGACAGUCAAGUCUUGGUCUUCUGGGAGAAGGAGACCCAGAAUCUGAGGGUGUACUUUACCUGGCAGGUGGGAGCCGACUUCCCCCAACAGGUGGGGGGAGAGCUGAAAGCUCUGGAGGACAGGGUCAGGAAUUGA